GGCUGGCUGCCUGCGGUGCGGAGCAGGAAACAGUAGUUGCCCUUGCAGAUUGAGUGGCUGAUUUUCAUCAGGCAAGAAUUUGUCUCCUGGCUUAUCACCGUCACUGAGCAGCACACAAUCAGUUCGUCAUGAUGCGUUGUGAUCUAUGAGACAUGUUCAUAUCACAGUUUAACUUGCAACGCACAGGGUCCUGGGAGAAAGAUACAAUCUACAACAUGCUGACUCAGCAGUAUUGGGGAAUAGCAGGCGCUAACGUAGCAAGGCUUCACUGGAUGUUUAGUGACUUCCAGGGAGCAUCAAAAGAUACUAUGUCCACUAGCGACUGGCGCUUGAAACAGUGUCUGAAUUGAUGUAGAAUGUACAGAUAGGAGAAGAUUCUAUGUGUUGGUGUAGUUAGAACAUGUACACGGAUGCCACCUUAGCGUUUGGCCUACAGCACUGCUAGUACUAGGAAGACACAACAGUCUUGAACAGAGAGUUGCCUAGGACCUGCUGCUUAGCUCCCACCUCACUCUGGCCAGUCUGGGGGAAACUAGGGAACCUUGGCCUGCUAUUACUACCUGUCAUUGUCGGUCACAUUCACCUGAUCAGCCAUGUAGCCUGUGCCCUGGUGGCUGAUAGCAGGUGCUGACGUUACUAUUUUGCUAAUUGCUACUGGCUGCAGCUACUACUGUCAUUGGCUGCUACUGCUGGCCAUGUGUGGCGAUCCUUUAUAAGUACCGUUGUGAGAAGAUGCGUGCCUCAGAGCGUACAGGACAGGAAGAGCGACUUUAAAAUUCCUGACAGGUGUAUCUAGACGUGGUAGUGUAACACAAUGGUGUUACGGCUGCACUGUAUCCGCACUAUGUGUCUGCACGGUGUGUGCAUGUUUGGAACUUCCAGAUGUGAGAUGCUCAGUAGGUGAUUUGAAUACUCUCAGAGCCCCUGGGUGUGUGGAUGAGGGCUUGUGAUUUCCACACCUCAGCACACUCUCACCAGUAUCCAGUCGGUGCAUAUUGUUGGAUGGGAAGCAGGACUAGAUCAGAGCCGCUCUGGACAGCGGCAGGCACAGGUGGUACAGGGAACAUGAUGUACUUCCGAAACUCGGCUUGGGUGUCGCUAGCCUGCACGAACAGGAAAGAGCGGCAGCAGCAGCAGCAGCAGUGCAGUACGAACACCAGCUGUUCAGCACCGAGAAUCAGAGGUGAAUCACCUGGGAAGAGACACACAAUAAUGCAUGGACGUAGCGAUGGCAGGUUGGCAGAAAAUGAAUAUGGCGAAAGCCAGCCAAAUAUUAUCAAUGUGGAAUCUCCCGCAAGCGAUGUGCAAUCUUUCUCAUUGCCGCUGAACCAGUAUCAUAACGGUCCUAGUGGUAUGAACAAGCAGCCCACCAUGACUGCGCACACACCAUCACCAAGUGAGGGACUGCCGGCCAGCAAACGCGCAUCAUCAAGUGAAGACCUCUCCAACAGUAGUGCGGUUCCCGUCUUGGAACCAGCAGCAUCACCACAAUCAUCGCAACCGUUAAGAUUGUUAGAUAGUGGUAAUAUGGAGAGUGAAUUUAUUGCCAGCAGACAGCAUACAACCAUUCCCGUCUUGGAACCAGCAGCAUCACCACAAUCAUCGCAACCGUCAAGAUUAUUAGAUAGCGGUAAUAUAGAGAGUGAAUUUAUUGCCAGCAGACAGCAUACGACAAGUAGCGGCAGUGCGGAUAGUAGCAGUAACAGCGGCAGCAGCAGCAGCAGCAGUAGUAGCAGUGGCAGUAAUACAAGCGGCAGCAGUAGCAGUAGUAGCACUGACAAUGAAAGUGAUACGCGAACAUCUGACGCUAGAUUACACCACCCUCGUCAUUCCACUCACCCCAGUUCCGGGCAUCCUGUUCAUCCAUUGCACCAUACUCAUCGCACUCAUCCUGCUAAUCCCGGGGGUUAUCCAAGUAAUCCCGGUCAUCCUGCUAAUCCCGGGGGUUAUCCAAGUAAUCCCGGUCAUCCUGCUAAUCCCGGUCAUCCAAGUCAUCCCGGUUAUCCAGAUAAUCCCGGUCAUCCAAGUCAUCCAAGUCAUCCCGGUCAUCCUACUCGUCACACUAAUCCCGGUAUUCAUCCCAGUCAUCCCAGUAUUCAUCCUGGUCAUCACACUCAGCCUAGUUGUCCUGGUUGUCAUGUCAAAAAUGAGAUUCUGCAGAUAAAGGAAAAGCAAUUGGGAGAGCUUCGAAAUGAAAAUUCCGUCUUACAUGAGGCAUUGGCUUCAUGCCAGGCAGCGCUGGGGACUCAGCAUCGAGUAACGAAGCUAGUCCAGGAGCAGUCUAACUCUAACGGAGCAAUGUUGGAUAAUGCCAAGAAGAAUCUGGCGGAGCUCACCGCAACCAUGGAGGAGCUGCAAAGGGAGCGAGAUACACAAACGGGUGGAAAUGGAUCUCAAACAAGUCAACAUGGCUCCCCAAGCCUACAAGCGUCACCUCCUCAACUCAACGCUGGGAGAACAAAACGACUGCCUUCCAGUGCUGAGGUGCGCAUUAGGACGCAUCCAUAUCCAGCAUUACGGGCGGCUUACCAGCAACUUCCGUUCGCUCUUUCAGCAUCCACACCAACAAGACAUCAUCUGCCAGAGCGAAUCAGCACACCACCGCCACUGCAAGCCAUUAACUAUGAGAGUGAAGACGAUCACAGUCAUAUGUAUUCUAAAGUGGAAGCUGUGUCUCCACCGUCACAGGCGCGCCGAGCACCAAUCGCCAUGCCGUUGUCAAUUCCAUCACCACCAGCAGCUCCCCGACCGCGAUUGUCAGUGGUGCCAUCCGCUACCAUGGAUUAUUGCGAACGUGUUAGCCCAGUGCAUGCCAUUGACGAGGUUCCACUGGAAGAUGAAAGAGAGCUGCGUGAGUUUGCUGCAAAGUUCAAGGACAGGCGUAUAUCACUGCGUCUAACGCAAGUCCAAGUUGGUCAGACUAUCGGUCAAAUGGGCAUGCCAGACUUUGCUCAGAGCACUAUUUCUCGUUUCGAAAAACUGACGCUGAGCUACGAGAAUGCGAUGAAGUUGCGUCCUUACAUUGAAAAGUGGAUGUCGCUAAGCGACCAUGAGGCAUUGUCAAUUUGUUCUCCUGCAACCGCUGCCAUUAGCUCAUCAGCCGCCAGUGGCCGAGUCAAUGCUGAAAAUAACAAUCCUGCCGCCAAUAGAAGUGACAUGGACAUGGCACAGUCCAGUGUUGUCGCCACUGCUGUUGCUCCACAAGAUCUGCAGCCUGCUGGCAGCAUUGCGUAUCAAGUUCAGCCCAAGAAUUUCAUCCCCGUGUCGGCUGCUACACGUGUUUAUGCCAUGCCAGUUCAGGCUGCCCAUGACCCAGAGUCCCAUCAUGGUCAGCUCCAUCGCCACCAGCAGAAGUACCAGCAACAGAAGGAACACCAGCAGAAGGAAAAGCAGCAUCAACACCACCGGCAGCAACACCAGCAGUACCCACACCCAGUUCACAACUCUCGCGUAGCAGCAGCAGCACAUCAACCGGUUUUAAUGGAAGGCAUGCAUAUGGCAGCUUCAGGAUACAGCACAGACUACGCAAAGGCCUAUCAUCAACCGCAGAACCCUCAUUCCCAUCAUGCACAGCCCAGUACUAGCAAUCCUCACCCCGUCACCUAUUAUGGCUCUGGACAAGGCGUGCUGACGGCUUAUGGGCAUUCAGCUCUCAUGACUCCAGUGGAUAUCCGGACACCAUCAAAUAGCAUGCUGAUGAUACCAGCUCUUCGCAAAAGAAAGCGUCGUCUCGUGCUGGAUCAAGACAAAAGAAAAUAUUUGGAGGAGAGCUUCAGAACGCAGCCAAGACCAUCGCCGGAAGAUCUCGGCCGAAUUGCUCACAUGCUCAAUCUGGAGAAGGAGGAGGUUCGAGUGUGGUUCUGCAAUCGACGUCAGAAGGAGAAACGACUUACAGGGGCCGGCCCUGAAAGCAGGCAAUCUGCCCAUAUGGAUCUCGAGUCGUAUGAUGGUAAUGUUGGAGGAGAUGGAGCUGGAGAUGUUGAAAAUACACAAGCCCUGUCCGGUCACAGCUACGAUACACACCACUCUCCUGAGGCACAUGAGGUUGGAGUGAAUGAGGUUGAUCUGAACAGCAAUCAUGACAUUGACCAGGAUGACUACUAUGACCAACUAGUCCAAGUGCAGUCCCCACCUGGUGGUGCUGGCCAGGUUGGAGUUGCUUCCAGUGGCCUAGCACAGCAUACACACGUCCGCAAUCAACGCCACGCUGACCAACUGGCCAGAGAAAUACCUGGUGCUGAGGAAAGCCAUCCCUAUGGGUGCCUAUAAGUCAUGUAUAUAGCUGAGGUUAAAAUGAUGUAGGCUUGUACUUCCUUGGAUCGCAAAAAGUAUUGGCUAUCCGACUCAAAGAGAAAAAUAACUUGAAAAGUAUGCUUAUCGCCUCCCGGGCAAUUUCCAUCUACUGUAAAUCAACUAAUUUUCGCUGGCGAUUUAAUUUCGCUGAUAUCGCCGCUUGGUGCCAACCGGCCAAAGUAAAUCGCAGGCUAAAGUUUGCUCUAGAGUAAAAGAUGCUAGAUUGAACCCCAAUCGGCCAAAGUUUGUUCACGGCCAAAUGUUUCAUUUCGAGAUCGGCCAAAGUUUCUCACCGGCCAAAAUUUGUUGAUUUACAGUACCUGUUUCUGGCUAGUAUCAGUUCUAUCACACUUAUCAAUCUUCCUUAUUGGCGUCACGCCAUCGUGGAGUAUAAUAAUAAUAAUAAUAAUAAUAAUAAUGGACUCGGAUGGAGAGCCAAGGAUUAAUUUAUACAAAAGAGAAAGGACCAAGGAACUACAAGUUACGCUAUUGUCCACUAACACCACCAGUUACUAAAUGAUCAGCUCAUGCGAUAACAUUAUGUUAUGUCCUUACAAAACGAUCAAAAACUCUAAGGACAUCAUCGUGAAAGCCGAUCCCCGCUUUCAUGUUCACACCUGCCUGUUGCCUACUACCCUCCUGGCACUUCUACUGUCUCGCCAUGGCCCGCACCAGCUUUCUCCUCAUACCUCACACCAGAUUUAGCGCUAAAUUUGAUUAUGCUUGUGGCCCUAUGUGUUUAUAAGCAUACUGUUGGGUACACCCGAGUAUCAGCUGUCUGAUGAUUGCCUAACGGCAUGAAACUCAGAGUUACAACCAACCUGAACAUCCUCCGCUGAGUCUGCUAUGUUAUGUGCUCAUGUUAUUUCUAUAACAUUUUUUCGCCGUAUGGUUCGUGACGGCUCAUCAGGUGUGCAAUUUGAAACUCGGGUAUUGAGCCAAUAAUAAAAGUAGAAAGGAAAAGGACAUAUGGAAACGAGUUAAGAGUAUCAAUCGCUAUAGAUCUAUGUCUGGCUUUCUGUCCUUUUCAAGUAAAUCGGCUCUUGUUUGGAAUUAUUUACCAGAGGACCUGCACUACUAUCGCUGAUUUCCGCGUCAAUUUGGCUAAAAGACAGCUUAAUGAUAGCUUGCAUGCCGUCCUACCGGUAGGACCCAAGAAAUCGCGCUGCAAAAGUGCUUUUGGUUGAGAAAUUUCUUGAAACAAUUGUUGAGAUGAGGUCUUUGUCAGGCAAAGUAAUGGCGCAAAAUGCAAGACUGUCCAGUGCAUUGCAUAGGCGCAAUUUUAUCAAUUGUCAAAAUGGCCGCACAUACUCCUGUCGGAACGCUAGCAACUCUGUCCAAAGUGAAUUUUGACCAUGACACAUCAAUCGUGGUGAGGUACUAAUGUUUUUAUUUGUCAGCCAAGGCAGUGGAAUGCAUAAUUCCAUACACCGUUUCCAUGGUUACCAUUUGCUGUUACCAUGGAAUUUCGUACUAUGCCUUGUGCGAUCACGUCUAAAAUUUGUGGACUCCUUCAUUAGCCCCUGAGCAACAGUUUAGGGUCAGGUUUUAGGUCAAUGUUAGAACAGAGGCCAUGCAGCAUGUCUGUGUAUGAUAGUCCUACCGGUAGGUCCUACCGGUAGGACCGAGGUCUAUGCAAGCUAUCAUUAACUCUUAAUCAUUGUUUUGAUUUGCUUUCAAGCAAUGUGCAUAAUCAGUAAAUUGAUGUUGCUGUUUUUUGUUUUGCUUUUUGGUUUCCCGUUCUCGGGGCCUUCUAUUCGUUUUUUUCCGGCCUCUUUUCCGGGCAAAUUAACACAAUGGUUUAAAAUGCAAUAAAUCAUA